AUGAUGAAUAAGAGGGAAAUUUUGGACACCAUCCUCCAACACCUCCAGCCACCUCCCCAGGUGUGUGUGAUGCAGGCUGGAUUUGAUUGAAAUCAAAUCGAUUUAAAUCACGAUUCAAAUCACUAGUCAGAAAAACUUGAUUUAAAUCGUAUUUUUACAUUCUUGCUGGUAUAAUCUUAAUAUUUACAACCAGAUGAAGGUUUCAUUUUGGGAAUAAUUUUUCAGAGUAGUUUUUACUACUCAUUUGGUUAUACUGUUAGGAAUGCAUAGACAGAUAAUUAUGAAAUUAAUGUGUAUAAUAAGUUAACUGUAUACAGACGCUUCAGGUUACAUACACUUCAGGUUACAUACACUUCAAGUUACAGACUCCGCUAACCCAGAAAUAGUACCUCAGUUUAAGAACUUUGCUUCAGGAUGAGAACAGAAAUCGUGGGGCGGUGGCACGGCACCAGCAGGAGGCCCCAUUAGCUAAAGUGGUGCUUCAAGUUAAGAACAGUUUCAGGUUAAGAACGGACCUCCAGAACAAAUUAAGUUCUUAACCUGAGGUACCACUGUAUAUUUGGACAACUUUUCUGCUGUACUUUAUUGGAAGGAGAAAAAUAAUCAUUUACUUAAUAACAAUUUAAACAAUUUAUUUAACUAAAACAAUAUUAUAGGAUAUAUAUCCAUGUUUGCUGAUGUGGUUAAACAUUUUUUUAAAAAAAAUUCUUAGGCUGAAUUUUAGCAUAUAUGAAAAACUUAAAACAAAUCCUUACUUCCCAGUGAAUCGCCUUUGGACUAUAAUGCACCUUAAAUAGAAAAAUAUCUUUUGAAAGAUUUUUCCUCCAAAAGCAUUUUAUUUUAGAAAUCCAAUUUAAAUUUUUUUUAAAUGUGAUUUAAAUCAAAGAAAUCCUUUUUUUAAUUAAUUAAAAAAUUGGAUCAUUGAUUUUUAUCCACCCUGGUCUGAUGUCGCGCAGCGUGAACCAGGAUUCUCCAACCUGGUGCCCUCUAAAUGUUCUGGACCAUAUGCUGCCUGGGGCUGGUGGGAGCAUGUAGAAGGGUUCAAGUUGAGGGGAACUGCCAUGAACUAUCACAGGCACUCCAGCUGUUUUGGGACUACAACUCCCAUCAUCCCUAGCUAACAGGACCAGCAGGUCAGGGGUGAUGGGCAUUGGAGUCCCCAAACAGCUGGAGGGCCGAGUUUGCCUAUGCCUGAAUUAUUGGGAGCCCAGCUUGGAGGAAGGUCCUAUUUGCAGAUGCAAGAGACGACUUUCCCCUGGUGAGAAGGAGUGGUGACCUUCAAGCCUGGAGGGCUUGAAAAGAGGACCAGGCAAACUUGGGGAAGCAGAGAAGGUGAUCAGUGCAGGAUCUGUGGACCGGAAGAAGAACCAAUCCAUGAAAUAUAUUUGGUGGGGUGAUUUGGACCCCAGGAAAUGUUGCAUGUUUUUUUCUUUAACUUUUGCAACUGAUCAUUCCCGAUAUCUGGGAACGUUUCAGAACCCGAUAUUGUGCAGUAAAAGUUUUUGUCACUGUACUGUGCCAAAUAUGGUCAAUAUUUCCUCUUCGCUCUCAAGAGCAGUUAAUUCGCCAGGCCUGUGCAUUUGGCAGAGCAGGCAAGCAAAUACUUUAUGCAACAGAAAAUUUAAUAAAUAAUAAUACUGGGAGUGGUAUUGUCUAUUUGUUAUUAUGGUAUGUAUUUUUGUGUUUUCAUAUCUGUGAUCUUUGAAUGAUGGGCAGUACAUAUAUUUAAUAAAUAAUAGUAAUAGCCACAAUGCCUAGAUUCUGUUUGUUCAUGGCAGGAAACAAAGUGCUUUAAAUGAAUGGUGUGUCUCCCAGUCCCAGAUUUAUUUAAUCUUCUUUGGAGUGUUACUUUAAAAAAGAAGAAGAAUUGAUUGCAAUAGAUUUUACUCCAAAUGAUUUUUGCAAGAAGUCUAUUUCUAGGCAUGUGGGGUUUUUUAGAGAAGACAAAUGGCAGAUAGAUGGCAACUGUUCUCUAGGCAAGGAACAUGACACUUUUCUUCAUUUUAUUCCCAGCAGAAGACAUCCAAGCCUGGACACAAGAAGGUAAGUCCUGAGUAUCGUAGAUGACACGGGGGGGGGGGAGGGGGCGGCAUACAAUCUGAGAAAAGAGGAAGAGAGGAGUUUGACUUUCUUUCUUAGCACAGACCUUGUACAUAGCAGGGAGACACUGAACGAAACAUUCAGAGGCAAAGCUCCCUCAGAACUACCAAGUCAACCAGUGCAGGCUUCCUGAGUAAGCGUCAGGAAACAAAAGCUCCACCUUUCCCUCUUUUGGUUAUUUGACUUGAACGUGAACACAAUUAACCUGGAACGACCUCCUGUUGGAAGGGUGAACAAGACCUUUUCUUGAAGGAGCGCGGGAGGUCAUCCCCCCCCUCCUGCUUAGCACACUCAGGCCCUGAGGGACAAUCUAGAGGGGGCCAUAAAAAUCUGGUCUCAAGUUUUUGAACUACAAUUCCCAUUGUCCCUGACCACUGGUCCUGCUAGCUAGGGGUGAUGGGAGUUGUAGUCCAAAAACAGCUGGAGACCCAAGUUUGGGAAACCCUGAUCUAACACUGUAUUGUAAGGAGCUUUAAACAAUGGUUCCUGGGGUUCUGUGGGGGAAGCAAGACCAUUCAUGGGGCAUGAGGAUGCUUCUAAUGUCUGGGGCAGACGGAACUCUGGUUUCUUCUGAGCUUGAGGGUCCACAGCAAUCGGCUCCCCCUUUUCCCCUUUGGGAAAAGAGAGGGGGCAGAGAGUUUGGCAGGUUGACCAACUCUGCCUCUUCUGGCUGUCCUCGCAGGGAAUACCAGGAGGUCGUCUGAAUGCAACCUGCUGCUCAGGUUUUCUCUCUCUCUUGGCAACAAACAACCGUGUCGCAGAUGGGGUGCUACAAAAGAGAACGCCCUUUCCCAAUUUCAGUCAUGGAGGGAGGGUGGGGAAACCCAUAAGAGGCUGCGGGUAAAGGUAUUAGUUCUCUUAAAAAGCGGGAAGAGCCUAGGGUCAGCGUAUCUAGGACAAAAGUGUGUCAUAAGAAUGAAAGACGAGGCUGCUGGGUUAGACCAGCAGCCUGCACAGUCCAGCAUCCUUAUCUCACAGUGGCCAACCAGAUGCCCAUGGGAAACUGGAAAGCAGAAUUUGAACACAGAGGCCCUCUCCCCUUCCUGUGGUUUCCAGCAACUGGUAUUCAGAAGCAUUCCUGCCUCCAACAGUGGAGGCAGAGCAAUUAGGACAUGCUGAACUUUUCAACUUUCAAAUUCCCCAAAUGAGGAGUACUAUGGAAAAGAAAUGCAAGAAAGCAAAGUGGCUGUCCAACGAGGCCUUACAAAUAGCGGGGGAGAGAAGGCAAGCAAAAUGCGAGGGAGAUAGUGAAAGAUACAGGAAAUUGAAUGCAGAUUUCCAAAGAAUAGCAAGGAGAGACAAGAAGGCCUUCUUAAACGAGCAAUGCAAAGAAAUAGAGGAAAACAACAGAAUGGGAAGAACUAGAGAUCUGUUCAAGAAAAUCGGAAAUAUGAAAGGAACAUUUCGUACAAAGAUUACCAUAAUAAAGGACAAAAGUGGUAAAGACCUAACUGAAGCAGAAGACAUCAAGAAGAGGUGGCAAGAAUACACAGAGGAAUUAUACCAGAAAGAUAUGGAUGUCUCGUACACCCCAGGUAGUGUGGUUGCUGACCUUGAGCCAGACAUCCUGGAAAGUGAAGUCAAAUGGGCCUUAGAAAGCACUGCAAAUAACAAGGCCAGUGGAAGUGAUGGUAUUCCAGCUGAACUGUUUAAAAUUUUAAAAGAUGAUGCUGUUAAGGUGCUACACUCAAUAUGCCAGCAAGUUUGGAAAACUCAGCAGUGGCCAGAGGAUUGGAGAAGAUCAGUCUACAUCCCAAUCCCAAAGAAAGGCAGUGCCAAAGAAUGCUCCAACUACCGCACAAUUUCACUCAUUUCACAUGCUAGCAAGGUUAUGCUUAAAAUUCUACAAGGAAGGCUCAAGCAGUAUGUGGACCGAGAACUCCCAGAAGUGCAAGCUGGAUUUAGAAGAGGCAGAGGAACCAGAGACCAAAUUGCAAACAUGCGCUGGAUUAUGGAGAAAGCUAGAGAGUUCCAGAAAGACAUCUACUUCUGCUUCAUUGACUAUGCAAAAGCCUUUGACUGUGUCGACCACAGCAAACUAUGGCAAGUUCUUAAAGAAAUGGGAGUGCCUGAUCACCUCAUCUGUCUCCUGAGAAAUAUCUACGUGGGACAAGAAGCUACAGUUAGAACUGGAUAUGGAACAACUGAUUGGUUCAAAAUUGGGAAAGGAGUACGGCAAGGCUGUAUAUUGUCUCCCUGCUUAUUUAACUUAUAUGCAGAAUUCAUCAUGCGAAAGGCUGGGCUGGAUGAAUCCCAAGCCGGAAUUAAGAUUGCUGGAAGAAAUAUCAACAACCUCAGAUAUGCAGAUGACACAACCUUGAUGGCAGAAAGUGAAGAGGAAUUAAAGAACCUUUUAAUGAGGGUGAAAGAGGAGAGCGCAAAAUAUGGUCUGAAGCUCAACAUCAAAAAAUGAAGAUCAUGGCCACUGGGCCCAUCACCUCCUGGCAAAUAGAAGGGGAAGAAAUGGAGGCAGUGAGAGAUUUUACUUUCUUGGGCUCCAUGAUCACUGCAGAUGGUGACAGCAGUCACGAAAUUAAAAGACGCCUGCUCCUUGGGAGAAAGGCGAUGGCAAACCUAGACAACAUCUUAAAAGCAGAGACAUCACCUUGCCAACAAAGGUCCGUAUAGUAAAAGCCAUGGUUUUCCCAGUAGUGAUGUAUGGAAGUGAGAGCUGGACCAUAAAGAAGGCUGAUCGCCGAAGAAUUGAUGCUUUUGAAUUAUGGUGCUGGAGGAGACUCUUGAGAGUCCCAUGGACUGCAAGAAGAUCAAACCUCUCCAUUCUGAAGGAAAUCAGCCCUGAGUGCUCACUGGAAGGACAGAUCGUGAAGCUGAGGCUCCAAUACUUUGGCCACCUCAUGAGAAGAGAAGACUCCCUGGAAAAGACCCUGAUGUUGGGAAAGAUGGAGGGCACAAGGAGAAGGGGACGACAGAGAAUGAGAUGGUUGGAUGGUGUUCUUGAAGCUACCAGCAUGAGUUUGAUCAAACUGCGGGAGGCAGUGGAGGACAGAAGUGCCUGGCGUGCUCUGGUCCAUGGGGUCACGAAGAGUCGGACACGACUAAACGACUAAACAACAACAAAAGAGUUGUAAUAGGGACGUGGGUGGCAUUGUGGGUUAAACCACUGUGCCGCUUGGGCUUGCCUGUCAGGGAAGAGUUAGAAGUUUCCAGUUUCUCAGAGGGAGAAAGCAUUCCCCAAGGAGGGGAGGAGAGCAGUGAAUCCAAUAGAAGAGAGCAACAGGAACAGGGAGGGACAGGAUGUUCCUAGGAAAGGCAAGGGUUGAAAGGCUCAGAUUCGGAGGAGGGGAGAUACAAGCCAGCUCUAGUGAGGAGGUUAGAAAAAAGAGCGGGAAAGCGAAGGGAAGGGCGCAUUCGCCAUUUCGAGGGUGGCUGGUCACGGAGAAGCAGAGCUCAGAAGGUAUCUGAAAUAAGUGACUGAGGAAUAAUAGUUAAGAACCGUUUAUGACUGUUUUGUUAAUACGCAAUAAAAAGUUAUAAAAGAACAAGUAAAUAAUAAUAAUAAUAAUAAUAAUAAUAAUAAAUUUAUAUCCCACCCUCCCCAGCUGAAGCCAGUACCGCUCCGGCUGGAAAGUAAACAGCGUUUCCGUGUGCUGCUCUGGUUUUGCCAGAAGCAGCUUAGUCAUGCUGGCCACAUGACCUGGAAAAACUGUCUGCGCAAGGGGAUAAAUGCCGGCUCCCUCGGCCUUAAAGCGAGAUGAGCUUUAAGCCCAGAGUUGUUUGCGACUGGCCAAUUGUCAGGGGUCCCUUUAUCUUUAAAGAGUUGUAGCAUGACUUGGGAAUUCAGAAGAUGUGGUUAAAUUAAUAUAAUUUAGUUUUGCGUGAUAAGUAAACUAUGUGUAAAAUUGCAUACAAAUCAUUAAAACAAUUGUCUAGUACUUGCAAUCUAUUAUUAUUAUUUAGUAUUACCCAACAUUUUCAGAAGGUAAAAUUGAAAUUCUUUGGUUUUCCAAAAGCAGUUUAUGUAGCUAGUGAGUGGGGUCUCCUCACUGUGACUCACCAAAACCUUCCCCAACCCUUAGAAUGCCCUCUAUAGAUACUAUGGACACAAGCUACGGGAUUCCAGGAGCAUAGAGACAGUCCACCAAUACUUGCACUUACUCCUGGCGUUGCCUCUCAAAGAGGAAACAGACAGAGAGGUGAGUGAAUGUGUGGGAUGUCAGGGGGGAGGAGAGCCAGCGGGACUGGGACUGCGCUCACACUGAGACUCUCUGCUCGUGACCUUUGUUCCUCCAACUACACCACCCUCCAAGGAUUUCGUGCCCACCCAGUCACACCCUCAAAGCCCCUUAUAGUAGGAACCGCUUUUCAGCAUUCAAUAUAUCUGGGGCAGAUUUGUUUAGUUUUGGGUUAGAUCAGAGCAGCCAACAAGUGGCCCUCAAUGCCUUUCUUGGCAGCCCUCAGCAACCUUUGAGGCACCCAUACACACCUGUAGGCCUUGCACCACCUUCCCAAAGCUGGGUAAGGAGGUACUGGGCUUUGGGAAGGAGGCAUGUGUGAUCUGUCAGGGUCCUAGAGUCCUCCAACUUCCUUCCCAAAGCCUAGUUAGCUUUCCCAGUUUUGGGAAGAAGGUGGGAAGGCUCUAGGUCCCACCAGAGCCUCGUGCCUCCUUCCCAAAACCCAGCACCUCACCUGCCUACCUUUGGGAAGGCUGCAUGCGGGCCAGGGUGUGUGUGUCAAAUUUUGGCCUUGCUCCCCUCUCCCACAUGACAAGUGAGUGUGUGGCCCACAGGUUCUGUGCUGAACUACUCUUGUGGCCCACUUGGUAUGAGAAAUUGGAGCACCCUGGUUUAGAUGGUGCAUAUUUCUGUUCUGGCGCCUUUGGGUGAGGAGUGGAUUACAAAUACUUCCAGUGAAUAAAUGAUGCAUUUUAAUGUGGUUGGGUGUUUAAUGAAGCCAAGAACUGUAUCACAAGAUUCGAAAAUGUCAGAAGGCAAGGCAUCCUUGUGUUGCAAGCUGCACAUGAGUCUGGGAGGUGUGGUCUGGUCAGUUCACAUCAGAAUCCACAGAAAUAUCGUUCUUCAAACCACCCCUAUUAUUAUCCAGGAUGGAAGGAUCUGUUCAAAUUGGUUCUCUAAGUGUCUCAUUUCUCCACUCUUAAAUUUGGUUCCCCACAUUUUGCAGCAGUCUGCUUACAGAAUCACAUUUAUCCUCCAUCCCUCAUGAUCACUAAUUGCAAUCAAGAAAACGACAUGUUUGACGUGCCUCAUUCUCCCUAGGGGAUUUCUGAGGCAAUCGGUGUGGCUCAGUGCGGGAUUUCAGCCACGCAGCCAUUGCAAGGAAGACUGAGAUGUCUGAGGUAAGGGUCUGAAGUGAGGAAGGAGCAUAGCAAGAGUGUAGGUCAGCCAUCCCCAGCCUGGUGCCCCUUCCCCAUCCGUGUGUUUUGAAUUGGAACUCCCAUCAGCCCCUGACAGCACGAUCAAUGGUUAGACAAAGGUCCUGCCAAAUUGGAUCCUUAGCCAAAUACAUCCACACCAAAGCAUGUGAAGCAGCCUCUGGGUUCCUCUGAUCUAGGAAAACAGAGCUGUGUUGGAAAAGAACGAAUCCUGCCCCAUUUCCAAAUACGCUCUUUUUCAAGGGAUGGGAUCCUUACCAUUCCAAAAAGGCAAUUAGAUCUGCUCAUCCUCUCAGUAUGGAAGCCAGACAACUUCCUCUGUGGGUAUGUGUCAGUCAUCCUUCUGAAGUGGGCUCCAGCAGUCCUGUCUCUGUGGCUCCAGAUCCUAGAUCUGAUCUGAUCCCUUGGCUCAGUCAGUCAGUCAAACGGAUUCGUUAGAACCAUUGGUCACCCCAAAGUACACGCAAUACAAAAGUACACUGACCCAUGUUUUUAGGUUGGUUGUCAGAAGGUUGGUUGGCAUUUCUUCAAUAGUGGAAGCUAAUGGGGGACCCCAAGGGUCAUCUAGUCCAACCCCCUCCAAUACAAUACCCCCUCCCCUCCAAGGGAGAGUGUUCUGCUGUCAGAAAGCUUUGAAUGAAAAAUCUCUUAGAGUUUGGAAGAGGGGACACCUCUCCAACUGAGGGGAGGGAGCAGAAUCCAAGAGAGAAGGCAGUUGGCAGGCUGGGAGAGGCAGAGAGAAAGAGGGGAGAGGUUUCAGCUGCAUAUCGGGGCAGGGCAGCUGCCAAAGUUGCUCUCGUGCAAGGGUUCUUCUGCCUUACGGGAGUGCCUGCUGGCCCCAUUCAACUAUGUUUUAGAGUAGACCCAUUGAAUUUAAUGAACAUGACUAAGUUUUUAAAAAAUAUAUAUAUAAUUUUUAUUAACAGGCCAAUCAAAUCACAUUAUUUCCAAAUCACAUUAGUUCCAAAUUAUACAGCCAGAUUUUUAAAUUUUUGUUGGGGGUACCCAUACUUCAAGCUCCGAACAGGGGUCCAAGCAUCACUUAUAUUGCUGCUUUAAUUAGACAGUUCUAUCCAGUUCUAUCCAGAUAGUCUUCUUGUUGUUAUCAUAUAUUCCUUUCUUUGCGAUCUCUGAUAAUCUUCACAAGCAGGUUGAAAACAAACAUCCUCUGUGUGGGUUUUACACUCUCCAAAAAUCAUGUCACAUAAGGACAGACGCCAUUUCCACACCUCUGUAAAGAGCUUUCCCUCAGUCUGUCCGUUGAUUUUCCCAGGCUUGCCAAGGAUAUCUCAGAGGGCUCUGCCAGGUCUAGAUCACAUUACAAUCAUCAUUCACAUUCCGAUGACUCUGGUCCUCCUCCCCCCAUCCUUCUUAGGCAAGCCUGUCUUGGCGAGACGCCAUUUAAAACUGCGUCAUAAAACUUUCCUCCAUUCUCUGAUGUUUACCAAUCCUCUCUUUGAUCAAUAAUUCACACAGUUCUUGAAUUCCUGCUUGUGAUUAAUAAAAUGCAACGAUUCUUCUCUCUGGGGUGGAGGGUUAUUAAUACUCACAUAAGGCAAAAAAAAGAAAAAGUUUUUUCCUCCACCCGCUUUCCGUUUCACUCCAGACAUACCAGUCUCUUAAUGGUGAUUCAUCACUUGAUUUAUUUGUCCCGCCCGUCGCUCCGCUCACAGAUCCAUUAAUCAGCAGUCUUAACUCCCGAUCUUCGCUUGAUGUAUGUGCUUUAGCUUCUUUCCAAUUAUAUAUUUCCAAUUAUAUAUUUUGAGCUAAAGCGAACUAGUGCGCUGAUUGGAGACAGCGUCAGGAAGAGCCGACUUCACCCGAGGGCUUGUGCCAAGUGUCUGCACCCCCUUCUUUCGAAUCUGGGGGUGAAUUAUGGACACUGCUGGCAAGGCAGUCCCCCCCAUCUCCUUGGGGGGGCCGGGAAGGCUGCAUACUUCCCAUAGCAGCCUCUUAAUUACCUCGUGUGGGUCGGAGAGAUGUUAUUGUCGGCCAUCUUCCAAUGCGCCACCUGGUGGCCCUCUAAUGAACAUGACUAAGUUAGGCCCAUUCAUUUUGACAGGUCUACUUGAAUCAAAGCAUAGUUGUGUCACUCUCUGUGCUCACCUCCAUAUAUUUGUCAAUUAAGCGAAUUAUCACAAAGGCAUAGUAACUGCGUGCGGAUCUAACAGUUCCAAAACCUGAGGGGGCCUUGGGGUCAUGUGCCCCUGACUCUCCAAUUCUCCAACCCAGCUGGAAGAUCAGAACCUUUUCCUUCCACUUUCAGUUAACUUCCAUCAAGUGUUACUUCAAACGCCCCAAACUAUGGUUAUUAUUCACUAUGAUUUGUUCAAAGGAGCCAGUUUACUAAUCCAUGGUUCGAAGUUGGCUUGUGUCAGGGAACUGCCAUCGGAGCUAGAGGCGGAGGGAAGGCUCCAGAGGGAUGCCGGAGAGGGUCCCAGUAGGGAGAGAGGCAGCCCAUCUGCUGGGGAAGGAAAUCAGCGUAACACCAGUGGAGAAGGGGGGCAGAUGGGGGAUUCGGAAAGGAGGCUCCAAGACUCCUCGCCGGAGACCAGUGGAGAGAGUACGGGUACUCCGCUGCCCACACCCUCCCUGCGCAGAAGACUUCCGCGCAGGGAGAGUAGGAGGAGACUUGGCGUCAAGCAACUUUUAUGCUGGAAAAGGUUCAAGAAACGCCCACUGACGGAUUCUGCCAGCGACUGAGCCAGUCACGAUGCUGGAGGCUGUUCAGUCAGAAAGGGUUUAACCAGGUAACCUCGCCAGCAGUGGCGGCAACUUACGCACGAGCAACCCCUAAAUCCAUUACAGCAAUCCGUCAGUCACCGACGUUGCUUGUGCACAGCUCCAGAGAGGCAGCACCAUGAGCCAGACCAGAGGAGCCGGAGAGACGGAGCAAGCAGCUGCAGUGCAAGGUCUGGUAGAGAGAAACUGAGACUUGGAACAGCAUGUAGCUCUCCUGACGGUGUGGCUGGACGAAAGACGAGCUCAGGAUGCUCAGGUCAGACCCACCCCCAUCGCAAGGAAGGUACCGGGGCUGGUACACAAGUUUGGGGGGAAACCCCAGGACUACAAUGCGUUCCGAACGGAAAUAGAGUACGCUUUGGAACUGCAGCAUGAUGACUUUGUUAACGAUGAGCAAAGGGUAGCCUACAUUGUGGGGCAUCUGGAGGAUGGGGCAAGAGAAUGGAUCAGGCCCCUUAUGGCGACGCAAAAUCAUGCCUUGAAGGACCUUAAGAAAUUCUUUCAGGCGAUGGAUGCGAUGUAUUCCAGUGAAGUCCAGCAAAGUGUGACUCGGCGAGAACUGAUGGGGUGCAAGCAGGGGAGCCAGUCAGUUAGAGACUACUGGUCGCGCUUUGCAAUGUUGAUCAACCGUCUCGGGUGGGAUCUGGACUCUGAACCUAUUCAAAUGUUGUUUGAGGAGGGGUUGUCCCCAACGGUGAAGGAUGAGCUGUCCCGCGCGCCCCGCCCACAGUCGAUGGAUCAGCUGACCAAGGCUGUGCUUGCGAUUGGAGUGAGGCAGGAAGCGCUGGCUCAGGAGAAACGCGAAGUGAGAGGGGAACGUUGCCAUGACUAUCGCAUUCCUGAAAUACCGAGACAGCUUUCCCAUGCGGCUGAGCCAAUGGAAAUAGAUGGCGCACGCGCGCGAGGUUUCAAACUCCAGUGAAGGUCGCAAGAGGGAGGGGAAGGAUUGGAAAACCACCAAGAAGUGUUUCCUCUGCCAACGGCCGGGACAUUUUGCAAGGGUCUGCCCUCAAAGAAAGGCCUGGCAAGGGAUGGUGGGGGCUGCUGGCUGUGAGGAGAAGGGGGAGGAAGGGCAGGCGCAGGGAAAUGACAAAGCCUGGCUGCCAACCAGAGGGGCCAGCAGCCAGGCCAGCAACCAAUAGAAGUGCCCCAGCCUGACCCCCCCCGGGCAGCGAUAGCCAUAGCAGUGGUGCUAGAACUCCCGAAUGGGACCCAGUCAAGGUUGAGGGGCUGCUGGAUUCGGGCAGCUCCUGCAAUUUCUUCAGCAGGGGCUUCGCUUUGGAGCACCAAAUACACUUGCUACCCCUGGAUUUUCCCUUGCAAGUGACCACCAUCGAUGGCAGGGAACUUCUGGGAGGAAGUGACACACCAGACCCCGCCAAUGCGAAUGAGGGUUUCCAGGCACACGGAGACCAUUGCCUUUCACGUGGCCACACUGGCAGGACCCCCAAUAAUACUGGGAAUGAGCUGGCUGGCACUGCAUGAUCCAGUAGUGUCAUGGCAUCAGCGGUCAGUCACCUUUGGGUCAGCUUACUGUUUGGAACACUGUCUGGGGGGGGAAACCCCAAGAAUGACAGUGGCCAGGGUGGCUGGGCUGGCGGUGGAAACAAAGGGAGAGGUGCCACCACCAUACGCUGACCUAAAGGAAGUCUUCAGCGAGAAGGAGGCGGAUAGACUACACCCCCCAUAGGCCCUUUGACUGCCAAAUCAACUUACUCCCAGAGGCUCAGCUGCCGGUGGGUAAGCUGUAUACCAUGUCUGACCGGGAGAUGCUGGAGUUGCGGCAGUUUAUUGACAAGAACCUGAAGAGGGGGUUCAUAAGGGAAUCAAAGGCAGUGGGGGGCAGUCCGGUGUUCCAUAGGUCCCUACUCUCACCAUACAGGGAGGGGUGGGAAUUUCCGGGGCGGGAGGGAGGAGUCACCACCCACCCGCGGGUAGAGGAGAGGGAACACCACAACCAAGCCACGGAAAUACUCGAUUCAAGGUGGCGAGGGCGCCAGGUGGAGUACUUGGUGGCUUGGGAGGGAGAACCCGAGUCAGAAAACACAUGGGUCCCCGCUGAGGCGAUCAAUGACGGGUAUCUAGUGGAAGAAUUCCACAGCCUGUUCCCAGAUAAACCGAAACCACUAGCGAGAUUCUGGGAGGAAGAAUUUGGAACCACAGACUAUGAAGAGGACUUUGUGGGUUUUCCGGCCUCCGAAGAGGAGGGAGGGGAAGUGUCAGAGAGAGAAGAAUCAGACUGGGAGGCCCACCCCGCGGGAAGAUAUUGGAGCAGGUGGGAAGCGGGUUUUUUUUUUUUUUUAAAUGAUAUUUAUUAAAGUUUCACAAAAAUACAGAAAACAAAGAAAAAAGUAUAAAUUACAGCAAAAAAGUAAAAAAUAAGAAAAAAGAUACAAAAUAAAACAGUUAAAAACACAAUAAUGUUCCAUAACCUAUCUUCCUUACUCUUAUUUCCCCAGACCUCCUCAUACCUCCCUUCUUUGUAUUCCAAUUCAGUUUGUUGGUUCAGCAAAUCCUUACCAUUAAUCUUUUACCCAAUUGUUAACCUUUUUUUUAUGUCUCUUAAAGCAUUACAGCUAAAAACCUCUUAAUUUCUAUCCAACAUCCUUCUAAAGUUCCUUAAUUUUACAAUAUUUCUGUAAAUAGUCCUUAAAUUUUUUCCAGUCUUCUUUCACCGACUCUUCUCCCUGGUCUCGGAUUCUGCCAGUCAUUUCCGCCAAUUCCAUGUAGUCAAUCACCUUCAUCUGCCAUUCUUCCAAAGUGGGUAGAUCUUGUGUCUUCCAAUACUUUGCAAUAAGUAUUCUUGCUGCUGUUGUAGCAUACAUGAAAAGGUUCUGUCCUUCUUUGGCACCAGUUGGCCGACAAUGCCCAAGAGAAAGGCCUCUGGUUUCUUCAGAAAGGUAUAUUUAAAUACCUUUUUCAGUUCAUUAUAUAUCAUUUCCCAGAAAGCCUUAAUCUUUGGGCACGUCCACCAAAGGUGAAAGAAUGUACCUUCAGUUUCUUUACAUUUCCAACAUUUAUUAUCGGGCAAAUGAUAAAUUUUUGCAAGCUUGACUGGGGUCAUGUACCACCUGUAUAUCAUUUUCAUAAUAUUCUCUCUUAAGGCAUUACAUGCCGUAAACUUCAUACCUGUGGUCCAUAACUGUUCCCAGUCAGCGAACAUAAUGUUAUGUCCAACAUCUUGUGCCCAUUUAAUCAUAGCAGAUUUCACCGUUUCAUCCUGAGUAUUCCAUUUCAACAGCAAGUUAUACAUUCUUGACAAAUUUUUAGUUUUGGGUUCUAACAAUUCUGUUUCUAAUUUUGACUUUUCCACUUGGAAGCCUAUUUUCUUAUCCAAGUUAUAUGCCUCCAUUAUCUGAUAGUAGUGGAGCCAAUCUCUCACUUUAUUUUUAAUUUUUCAAAACUCUGCAGUCUCAAUUUAUCUCCUUCUUGCUCCAAAAUUUCCCAAUAUGUCGGCCAUUUGGCCUCCAUAUUGAGCCUUUUCAGAGCUUUUGCUUCCAUUGGUGACAGCCACCUUGGGGUUUUAUUUUCCAAUAAGUCUUUGUAUCUUAUCCAGACAUUAAACAAUGCUUUCCUAACAAUAUGAUUUUUGAAUGCUUUGUGUGCUUUGACCUUAUCAUACCAUAAAUAUGCAUGCCAUCCAAAUACAUUGUUAAAACCUUCUAAAUCCAAAAUGUCUGUGUUUUCAAGAAGUAGCCAUUCUUUCAGCCAGCAAAAGCUGCUGAUUCAUAAUAAAGUUUAAGGUCUGGCAGGGCAAAUCCACCUCUUUCCUUGGCGUCAGUUAAUAUCUUAAAUUUUAUUCUGGGCUUCUUGCCCUGCCAGACAAAUCUAGAAAUAUCUCUCUGCCACUUCUUGAAACAGUCCAUCUUAUCUACAAUUUGUAAUGUCUGAAACAAAAACAACAUUCUAGGCAAUACAUUCAUCUUUAUCACAGCAAUACGGCCCAGCAACGAGAGUUUCAAAUUUGACCAAAUUUCUAAAUCUUUUUUCACUUCCGUCCAGCAUUUUUCGUAAUUAUCUUUAAAUAAGUUCCCAUUUUUGGCUGUCAUAUUAAUCCCCAAGUAUUUCACUUUCUUUACCACAUUCAAUCCUGUCUCAUUCUGAAACCUCUCUCUUUCAAUCGGUGUUAAGUUUUUCUCUAAAACCUUAGUUUUUAACUUGUUCAAUUUAAAACCUGCCAUCUGACCAAAUUCCUGAAUUAAUUCUAAAACUCUUUUAGUACUAGAUUCUGGCUCCUGUAACGUCAAUACUAGGUCAUCUGCAAAUGCUCUCAAUUUGUACUGUUUAGCUCCGACCUGUAUGCCCUUAACCAACCGGUCCUUUCUAAUCAUAUUUAGCAAAACCUCCAGGACCGAUAUAAAAGCAGUGGGGAAAUUGGGCACCCCUGUCGUGUCCCUUUUCUAUCUUAACUUCUUCCGUAACCACAUUAUUUACAAUUAAUUUAGCCUUUUGUUCAGAGUAUAUUGCACUUAUACCAUUUUCAAAACCUUGGCCUACCCCCAUCCCAUGCAGAUUCUUCUUCAUAAAACUCCAAGAGAUAUUAUCAAAAGCUUUCUCCGCGUCCACAAAUAUCAAUACUGCUUUGGUGUUUAUAUUCACUUCUAAUUUUCCAAAAUAUCAAUUAUAUUCCUCAAGUUAUCAGACAGAUGUCUUCCCGGAGAAAGCCCGCUUGGUCUUUAUGAAUCUCUUUCAUCAAUAUUUUUUCAAUCUCUUGGCCAAAAUGUCUGCAAAAAUUUUGUAAUCCACAUUAGAAGUAACGAUAUAGGGCGAUAGUUCUUAAGCUGAGUCUUUUCAGUCUCUGUUUUCGGUAUAAGUGUGAUGUACGCCUCUUUCCACGAUUCUGGUGCCCUUUUCCCCUCCAGUAUUUCAUUGCAGACUUCCUUCAAAGGUUGCAGUAACCACUCUUUCAAAGAUCUAUAGUAUCUGGAAGUCAGGAAGCGGGUUUUGAAUCCUCAGAGGAUAGCGACAGCUCCUUCAGGGGCUUCCCCGCAUCGUCGGCCGAGGAAAGGGACGAGGUUGGAUCUGAAGGUCGGACCGGGGGCGGAGGGGGUCCUGGGGGGGAGGUGGAUGUCAGGGAACUGCCAUCGGAGCUAGAGGCGGAGGGAAGGCUCCAGAGGGAUGCCGGAGAGGGUCCCAGUAGGGAGAGAGGCAGCCCAUCUGCUGGGGAAGGAAAUCAGCGUAACACCAGUGGAGAAGGGGGGCAGAUGGGGGAAUCGGAGAGGAGGCUCCAAGACUCCUCGCCGGAGACCAGCGGAGAGAGUACGGGUACUCCGCUGCCCACACCCUCCCUGCGCAGAAGACUUCCGCGCAGGGAGAGUAGGAGGAGACUUGGCGUCAAACAACUUUUAUGCCGGAAAAGGUUCAAGAAAUGCCCACUGACGGAUUCUGCCAGCGACUGAGCCAGUCACGAUGCUGGAGGCUGUUCAGUCAGAAAGGGUUUAACCAGGUAACCUCGCCAGCAGUGGCGGCAACUUACGCACGAGCAACCCCUAAAUCCAUUACAGCUUGCUUCAGUUAGCCUUUGUUAAGAUUGACUGCAUUGUGUCCUGAUAUGGGCUGUGCUUAGUUAAACAUGGAAGAAAAAGCUUCCGGUCUCCUUUUUGCAACUGUGCUAGAGGAGAAGGGAGCAGGAGCCGAUGAGUUAAAGGCUCAUUCACACAAUAAUAAACCAUAGUUUAUCACUGAGGUAACCAAAAUGGUGCCCUUCAGAUGCUACAGACUGCAACUCCCAUCCCUCCUGAAAUGAAACCCAGGAGUGUGAUGCCCCUGGAUUUUUGUUGUGAGUUGGGAAAUGACAAAGGAAAUUUUCCAACCCUCACUAUGGAGAAGAUGAGCAGAUUCACCUGGUUCAUUUUAAUUUUAAAAAAGCAGCUCCCAUGGAAAAGAGCACCAGUGGUCAGUGUACCCUACACUGUCCUGCACUUUCUCACUGGUUGGCUGACCAAACCCAAAGAGAACACCUUCAUGGUUCCUCGUCAUCCUGGGAAAAAAGUGACCAGUGGGGUGUCACAGGGUUCUGUCCUGGGCCCGUUGUUGUUCAACUUUUUUUAAAAAAUAAAUGACUUGGAUGAAGGAAUUGAGGGGAUGCUUAUCAAAUUUGCAGAUGACACCAAACUGGGAAGGGUAGCCAAUGCCGCAGAAGACAGAAUCGGGAUUCAAGAUAACCUUAACAGAUUGGAGAACUGGGCCCAAACUAACAAAACGAAAUUCAAUAGGGUCAAAUGUCAGGUUCUACAUUUAGGCAGGAAGAACCUGAUGCACAAAUAUAGGGUGGGGGAGCCCUGGCUUGCCAGCAGUUUGAGUUUCCUGGAGGAAAAAAAAAUACAAAAUUUGUAAGUCUGCACAACAACUUGUUGUUGUUGCUUAGUUGUUUAGUCGUGUCCGACUCUUUGUGACCCUAUGGACCAGAGCACGCCAGGCACUUCUGCCUUCCACUGCCUCCCGCAGCAUGGUCAAACUCGUGUUGGUAGCUUCGAGAACACUGUCCCACCAUCUCGUCCUCUGUCGCCCCCUUCUCCUUAUGCCCUCAAUCUUUCGCACAACAACUUACUGACUACUAAUAUUUUCCCAGCUGCUAAAAGGUCCCAACUAAAUGGUGAUUUGCCUCCAAUUGCCCCCAAACUGCUUCAAUGUGCUAUCCUGGAACGUGGCGGGAUGGACGUCCAAACAGGAUGGCGGGGAUAUGAUAGAGUUUUUAGCGAAAUUCCAGAUUAUGGGUAUACAAGAGACCUGGUGCUUAGAAUCGUCACCUCCCCCUUCCCUACUGGGCUAUGAUGCUUUUGUGAUUCCUGCGACCAAAACACAUUUGUAUGGGCGCCCUAGUGGAGGCCUGGUUACAUUUGUUUCGCAGGAGCUUCAUCUUAAUAUCUCUCCUCUCCUUUGGUUAGAGAGUAAUUGUAUUCAAACUUUGCACAUCACUAACAGCCCGGUUGGGGACUUCAUAUGUGUUAAUUUGUACAAUCCAUCUACCUACUCCUCUUCCCAUACAAAUCGGUUUUGGGAGGAUCUAAGAUCUAUCCUUGAUAAAUCUGUGGCUGAAUUCCCAAAGUCAGAGAUCCUCAUAAUGGGGGACUUUAAUGCCAGAAUCGGAGCAGAUAUAAGCUCAUUCAUCGAUAAGUCGCAACUAUUCAUAGAAGAGGAGUGGUUUCCUACGUGGAAUUCACAUGACAAGACCAUUAAUAGGGCUGGCAUCAUACUGUUGGAGUUUACCAUUAACUGCGGGCUGCACAGCUUGCAUGGUACACCCAAAGACUGGUCCGGGGAUACUAUACUUUUCUAGGAUCUAGAGGGGCAAGCGUUAUAGAUUAUAUCUGGUCCUUUUCGGCACUUAAUGAUAAGGCAUAUUGUUUCAAUGUGUUCAACAGAACCGAAAGUGACCACCUUCCUAUUGCCAUCUCCUUCCACCACACACAGCUGGGGCUCCCCAGCUCACUCCCCCACCAGGAUUCACUGACCUUAGCCCCCGGUCGUAAGAAGUGGGAUAUCUAUUUGGAGCAAGACAUAAAAGUCCUCCUAAAUUCCCCUGAGAUCCUAGCCCUGAAAGCUCAGCUGGUAACAAUGAAUGUGAAUCAUUUCUCAAGUUUCCAACAAAUUCUAGCCUACUUGCUCCCAACACUUACGAAACCCUCCCGUGCGAGUCUAACCUGGAAGAACCAAACUUGGUUCGACCAAGAAUGCAAACAGUGCAGAAGUAGGCUUAGAUUUCUUCAGUCUGAUAUGAAAUCAGACAGCACCCAGAGCAAAAUCAGGAGUUAGCCCAAUUCCGUUCUUACUACAAGAAGUUGCUCCAACAUAAGAAAUUGAUCUUUGCGAAAGAACGCUGGACGGCAUUGUCAGUGGCCAUUAAAACCCGUGACGACAAGAAAUUCUGGAAUUUAAUUAAUGCAGGUUUAAGACCCCCCUCAUUCAUCGUUAAUAACAUCACAGCAGCCAGUUGGCACUCUCACUUUGCUCAGCUGUAUUCUGCCCCAGAUUCCGACAUAAACGCAGUUUCCACUCUUCCUGCAUCUCCCUUGCCCACCUGGGAGCCAGUCUCCCCAGAGAGAUGUGUACAACUAAUUAGCAUGUUAUCAGGGGAUAAAUCCCCGGGGGAGGAUAUGAUUCCACCCGAGGUAUUCUUAUUGAACCAGAUGUGGUGGGCCCCUAUUUUUGCAUCUCUCUUUACCACUAUUAAUGCCACUCUUAAGAUCCCGUCAAAUUGGAAACAGAGCAUAGUCAUCCCAAUACAUAAAAGGGGGACCCACAAGAUCCGCGUAACUAUCGACCCAUCAGCCUGCUAGACAUAUCAUACAAGGUUUACUCUAGAUUCUUGCUAGAGAAAUUAAUCAGUGGGCAGAAGAAACAAAGCUAUUCCACCCGGAACAGGCUGGCUUCCGUAAAGGUCACAGUACAUCUGGCCAAUGUCUUGUUCUAUUUACCCUGAUUGAUAAAUACUUAAACAGGUUUAACUGCAAACUACACGCGGCUUUUGUGGACCUGACCGCCGCUUUUGACUCCAUUCCCAGAGAUAGGCUAUGGCAGAAGCUUAGUUACACCAACAUAGAUAAGAGACUCCUCCUUCUUCUUAUGGAAAUUCAUAAUGACAUAUCGGCCAGAGUACAAUUCGGCCCCCUGGGAGCUCUUUCUGAUUCUUUCCCUCUGAAUAAAGGGGUCAAACAGGGCUGCCUCUUGGCCCCUUUUCUAUUCAAUUUCUAUAUUAACGACAUCGUUACAACUAUGCAGGCCCUAAAUCAAUCUGCCCCCUCUCUACAACACCUCAAGAUCCCCAUAUUACUCUAUGCGGACGACAUGGUGAUACUGUCUUUAACCAAGCAGGGCUUAAACAACAUGCUCAGAGGGCUCAUGACAUAUUGUGAUACCAAUUCCCUCAAAAUCAAUUUCGCCAAAACCAAAAUUCUUACUUUUGGCACGAAAACUCGGAAGUCAUUCUGGAACUUUGAGGGCCACUCUAUCGAAUAUUGCUCAGCUUUCAAGUAUUUGGGAAUCACUUUUCAGCAUGGGCUUAGCUGGUCAGCUCACCUAAAUAUGACCAUCCUGGCUGCCCGUAGAACCAUCAAAGCCUUGGAGAAAUUCUUCUAUGCAAAAGGCGGCCAGUUGGUUCCACCAAUCAGAAAAGCAUUUAUUAGCAAAGUCCUCCCGAUGUUACUGUAUGGGGUUGAAAUCUGGGGGUGGAAUUUAAAAACACUUCAACGGCUGGAGAUUCUACAAAACUCUUUUGUACGAAAGAUACUGGGUCUCCCCAAGGGAUCGGUUGCUGCUCAGUUAAGAACAGAACUGGGCCUCCCCUCCAUUGUUGCGAGAGCCCAUAUUAGAAUUAUUAGUUUUUAUUGCAAAUUAAUCAAUGCCCCAGGUUCCCUACUAGCCAGGCAAGCCUUUUUAACUUGUUCUCACUCCAACAAAUGGUCCAAGGCCAUGGAGACUAUUACUGUACGCUACUCCCUCCCAGAAUUCGACACGUUGUCAUCUUGGGACCAACAUAAAAUCCGGGACUGGAUUCUUAUAAGAGAUGAGGCCAUGGACCGGGCACAGUCCACCUCAGCUCGCCUCUCCAUGUGGCUCCCUAAAGUGAAAGUGGUAAGAUCACUUGCCAACUACUUGAUAGACCUGACGGAGCCCAAUUUGAGAAGAGCGUUUACAAUGGCCCGUUUUCAUUCUAUACCCACGGCCUUCUUGCAGGGGACCUACUCUAAGACCCCUAUUACUCAGCGUCUAUGUCCAUGCACAAUGAACGAAGUAGAGGACUUCAUACAUUUCUUUUUCUACUGCCCUAUUUAUGACCCAAUAAGACCUAAGCUCCUCCUCUUGAUCCCGUCCUCCAUUUCAUCUAAGGAAGACUGUCUGAAAGCACUUCUUGUGGACGCAAAUCCCCAAAUUUCACGUGGGGUGGCAAUCUUCAUAGUGCAGGCUCUGAAACUCAGGGCUACUCUGAUAGGGUAGUGUGCCCUAGUCCUGGACCUGUUUAAUUCUUUUAUUACCUUUUAACUCAAUGUGCUGAGCCUAUUUUGGGGCCAUUUUAUGCUUUAUUUAUAUCCGCAUACUAGUUUUUUUGGUGCUGGCAACCAAAUCUUUGUAUUAUUGUCUUAGGGUGUUUUAAAUGUCAUUACGCCAGCAAUAUCGCUUUGAAUUUUGCUUGGUUGCUUGUCCCCAACAUUUUUUGUAUUGUCUUAUUUUGCUAUGGCUGUAUGCUAAUGCAGAUUUAAUAAAUAAAUGAGUGCCUCCAAUUGCACUUAAGGUUCCCAAACUCACUUUCCCCAUCCUUACCCUCCAGAAUACUAGCGAGACGAAUGCCAGUAUCACCGUCAUCCUUUGCUGUGGUCAAAUGGCAUUUGGGGCACGGCCAGAUGACCUGCAUUUCUUUGUUGAUCUCAUCAUGGAGGAGCUCCUCUUUCAAUUCCAGAACACCAGGAAGGUAUGGCUCUGAUUAUCCCACGGACUCCAGUUGUUUGUUCUCUCAGCUAUACCAUACUUUUCCGUGUAUAAGACGAGGUUUAUUAUUAUUAUUAUUAAAAAAUGACGUUUAAAAAUGAGGGUCAUCUUAUACACGGAGAGUGCAUAGGGGGGACGUGGGAUUGGUUGCCGCUGCAAGCCGGAGAUAGUCAGCGGCUAUUGUGCGUGUUAUUGGUAGCUGCGGCAAGGGGUGGUGUUGAUUGGCUGUCACUGCGGAAAUUGGGAAGGCGAUUGGCGGUUUCUGCCGGCGAGGGACAGACAAUAGGUGGGUUUUGCGACGUGUGUGAGUGGCAGCAUAGGUCCAGCUGGUGAGCAAUUUUUGGAAUCCCCUCCCCCAAAUAGCUGAACAACUGUAGGUAAUCCUCCCCCCCAAAAGCUCAGCAACUCUGGGCAAUCCUCCCCCCAUUUUCUUAAUUUGGAGUCCCCCAAAAUAGAGGGUGUCUUAUACACGAAAAAUACGGUAUAUCCUUCCUUUCUCCUGUCAUAUGACUCCAGGAGGUGUGCAACCAUUUUCCCAGUGGUCACCAUCCAGGCACUGAGCAGACCUCCCAAGCUCCGUCAAGGUCCUUUCACCACAUGCCUUCAGACUGUGCCCUAGGGCAGGGUCUUUGGCUUCAUCCACCGAAGGGUUGUAGACUGGGGUGUAUACUGACUCCACACUUAGGACCAAAUGGGGCAUUACAGUGGUACCUUGGUUCUCAAACUUAAUCCGUUCUGGAACCAAAGUGUUCCAAAACCAAGGCACGCUUUCCCAUAGAAAGUAAUGCAAAAUGGAUUAAUCCGUUCCAUACUUUUUUUAAAGAAACCCUAAAACAGCAAUUUAACAUGAAUUUAACUAUCAACAAGACCAUUGGGUUAGGGUUAAUUUUUGGAUUACCCUAGUAAGGAUUAGAAUUAGGGUUAGGGUCAGUAUGGCUUUAUGUUUCCUUGUGAUUUUGAUUCAAACUCAAUUUUAUAAAAUCCCUUCUCCUUUCAGAACCAGGCUUUGAAGAAGAGCUUUAUGAAGGCAGCAACUCUAACAACCAAGGCGCUUGUGCAAUCGAAUGUGGGACAUGUCACCUUCCCCCACAAAGAGGAGCUCACCUUCUGCAUCAUAGUGAGUAAAAAAAAAGAGGGGGGAUCUCCUGGGGUUUCUUUUCAGAGCGUUGUUGUUGUUUUUUUUAAUAGCUGUGUAGGUCUAGCUCUGGGUUGCAUGUUCUGACCAUCUGGCCCCAAACCAUUUCUGGGUGGUCACGUUCUGCUCCAGCUCAAGUUUCCAAACCCUCUUGAAAGGCAGCCCUACAUUGUGGCAACCUCAGCAGGAUGUCACCAGCGCCUAAGUAAAAGAGGCUAGGUUCUCCCAGGAGGAGAGGGUUGUCGAUGGCUCCCAGCCAUGACUGCUAUGUUCUACCUCCACAGAGGAAGGAAGCAAUGUUUCUGAAGGAAGCAAUGUUGCUGGAAGCCACAGGCUCUUGGGCUCAUGGUCUGCUCCCUGGUUUCUCACAGGUGUUUGGUUGGCCACUGAGAAUGCUGUGAGGAUGCUGGACUAGAUGUGCCCUUGGCCUGGUCCAGAAGGCUGAUCUUACAAAAGUCGAAGCCAGGAGCCCCAUGCCAGCAAUACAGAGCCAGGUGACUGGACCUUCUGCUUCUAGGGAUCUGAAUUGAGGAAAAUGGGGUUGCUAGGUUAAAGGAUUUGAGGGCAAAGAGUCUGAGCCGUGUAAGCUACAAAUAAUCCUGCCAGAGACACUUGACCCAUCACAAUGAUGUAACAACCAGAGACUUUGGGUGUAUAUUUUUUAUUUUAAUCAUGUUUCCAUAUUUAUUGAAUUUAACAUUUGGCUAGAAUGCAUCCACGAAUGAUUCCUGCAUGCCUUCAUUUUGUGACUCUCAUGCCUCCCUCCUAUGCUGCAUUUAAUUUUAUUUGUUUGCUUGUUUGUUUAUAUGCUGCCUGUCAAAGCUGCCUCAAGUCUCAGCUCACAAAAGACCAACGCCUAUGUCUUCUUAUAUACAAAGGUGUUUAUUGCAGUUCAUUGUUUGCUUGACAUCCUAGGCGCGCAGCCUUACGUCUCUUACGCUUAGACCGCUGAAGUCCCCUCUGAAUCCGUCCCUCCCCUGCACCAAUUUAAGAGGCUUGCGCUGCUCCACCUCUUUCUCUCCUUCCUUUUCCGCAGGGUCCUUCUGCCCGCUGGGGUUUCGCCCCUCCUGGAUUCCUCUGACGCGGAAUCAGACUGCUCUUCCCCCCUCCUGCGGGCUUUGGGACCUGGCCCCUCCUCCGGGCUCCCUGUACUUCCCCGCGCCUCUACAUUUGAACUAGGCGCGCGCGCCAACCUCUAACUUUCCUUUUGACAGUUACACUACUCCCUUCACUGCUCCCCUCCCCUUCCGGAAGGGCGGCUUGCUCUGACCUCCCUCCUUUCUCUGCUGCCGGAGCUGCUUCCUCUGACACACUGGAAACUCCACCCCCUUCGCUGCACUCUGGUGGGGAGGCUGGUCCUGACGCCCAGCUGCCACUUUGGGAUCCUCCGCUGGCCCCCUGCUCCUGACACGUCCCCCCUGGGGCUCCCCUGGCCUUGACCACCGGCGCCCCCUUCUGGGAAUCCUCUGAUUCGCUGGAAAGACUCAUGGAAUCUCUUGAGUCAUUGUCAUCCUCUUCCUCGCUGGCUUGGAAUUCAUCCCCAUCGCUCUCCAUCUCCUGCCUACCCUGUGCCUCUCUCCCUGAACCCCUGACAUCCAUCCCCCCUUGAAGCCCCCCCUUCCCCCCUCCCGCUGCUCGGGCGCAGGUUCCGGGAGCUUCGUUGUAGCGGGGGUAGAUGCUGGAUACAGUUCGUCGACGUCGAUCUCCUCUGCUUCCAGUUCAGUGUAGGAGUGCUCGAAACCGGGGUCCUCCCCCAACACCUCCAAACCCUUCCCUCCCCCUGUUACUUCAGGCGAAGCUGCUUGCCAAGGCCCCCUUCGCCACCCCACUUCUGGUUGAUCGUCCCACCAAUAAGAGCGGUCCGUGUCCACCCCCGAGCACGAUCCCCUUGGAGGGCUCGAUUGCGGCGUGGUCUCCUCUGCGGAGGAGAACCCCCGGAAGGUGCUGCCUGAAAGUGUGGGGGUAAAAAGCCAGUCGUCAAAAUACUCCUCUGGCAUGGGCCUGUGUGGGAAGAGUGCAUGGAACUCGUCCUUAAGAAAAGGUUCCUCCAGAGCAUAAUCUGGCACCCAACUGUUGGCGCUGGCCGGGGUACCUUCCCUGGCGAGGAGGUAUUCCACUCCCUCCUCCCCCCAUCUCGAGUCCAGAAUUUCCGUGACCUCGUUGAGUGUCGGGGUCCUCGGUGACUUCCCCCCCCCCUGGUGACUUUCUACGUGGGUCUGGUGCCGUCCCUGGCUCCUGAAAUCUGUGUGGGGCCUUGUAGGGUGUAAGCACCGACCUAUGAAAGACCGGGUGCAUUCGGGAAUCCUCUGGGAGGGUCAACCGAAAAGCUUCGGGAUUGAUCCUGCCCUCAACUUGGUAUGGCCCUAGCUGUUUGUGUCCUAGCUUCUUCUUAGCUAACGACUUGGCCGGCACCGCCUGGGCUGCUAACCAUACCCAGUCCCCCACCUGGAUGUCUUCUCCUGCCCUCCUGUGCCUGUCUGCCUGCACUUUGUAGGCGUGUUUAGCUAGUUCCAAGUGCCGUCGUAGCUCCUCGUGGACCUCCUGCAAUUCUGCUGCUAAAUGUUCCGCUCCCUGCGACUCCCCCUGCGUCGUUGUCUCCAACGCCGGGAAGGUUCUGGGAUGUCGCCCAUUGUUGGCGAAGAACGGUGUCACCCCGUUGACGCGUGCUUCGUGUUGUUGUAGGCAAACUCGGCCAUCGGUAAGUAGUCCACCCAAGUUGCAGGCUUCUGAUUGGCGUAACAUCGCAGGUACUGCUGCAUGAUGGCGUUGACCCUCUCCGCUUGGCCGUUGGUUUGCGGGUGUCUCGCCGACGCUAAGUUGAUCUUGACAUUCAGGAUGCCCAGGAGCUUCUGCCAGAAACUGGAAAUGAAUUGGCGACCCCGGUCGGACAGGAUGGACCGUGGUAAGCCGUGCACCCGGAACACGUGGUCUAUGAAUAGCCUGGCGGUCUGUUCCGCUGUUGCCACCUUCGCGCAAGGAAUGAAGUGCGCCAUCUUGGUGAACAGAUCUACAACCACAAGCACCGCCGUCUUGCCCCGCGAACUGGGCAGAUCAGUGACAAAGUCCAGCGCCACCCUUUCCCACGGCUGCAGUGGCGUCUCCAGCGGUUCCAGCAAUCCCGCUGGCUUCUUGUGCACUGGCUUGGACCUCUGACAAGUGUCACACCUGGCGACGUAAUCCGCGACUUCUCCCCGCAUCUGGGGCCACCAAAAGUCUCUGGCUACUAAGUCCGCCGUCUUUUCCUUGCCGAAGUGACCCGCGCUGGGGCGUCGUGUAACUGCUGUAAAACCUUCGCGCGGAGAUCGUCUCCCGGGACGUAGAGAGCACCUUUGCGGGUCAGCAGGCCGUCGCGUAUCUGGAAUUCGCCGUCCUUUGCUGUCCCUCUUCGCACCUCCUCCAUCUUGGAUUGUGCGAACGGAUCCGUCUGUAGCGCGCGUCGUACCGCGUCCAGGUCCACGGCGGCAGAAGCGCACGCCCACGCUUGCGGUGCGAAAAUGUGCCUGGCUGCCACUGGUGCCGCUUCCUCAAGAUACUGCGGUUUCCUGGAGAGCGCAUCCGCUAUGACGUUGUUGUCCCCGGGAUAUACUCUAUCCGGAAAUCGAAAUCCGCAAAGAACUCCGCCCAUCUCAUGUGCCUCUGGCUCUGGAGCUUCGCCGUGCGCCAAUACUCUAGGUUCUUGUGGUCCGUGCGGACCUGCACGGUGUGCUUGGCUCCGAUGAGGAAGUGCCGCCACGCCUUGAAAGCCGCGUGGAUGGCCAGCAACUCCCUGUCCCAGAUGGUGUAGUUCUGUUCCGACUUGCUGAGCUUCCGGGAAUAGAAAGCGCAGGGCCUCCAGUUCUCUUGCGAAUCUUCCUGCAAGAGGACGGCCCCCACUGCUCUGUCAGAUGCGUCAGUCUCAACCCGCAUGGGCCUGCCGGGAUUCACGUGUAGCAGCUGGUCUUCGGACGCGAAGAGACUCUUAAGUCUCCUGAAGGACUGCUCCGCCUGGUCCGUCCAGGUGAACUUUUCUUCUUGGAACUGAGGGUGUCCGUGAUAGCUGCCGUCUCUUUCGCGAAACCCCUGAUGAACUUGCGGUAAAAGUUGGCGAAGCCGACAAACCUCUGGACCUCCUUCCGAUUGCGCGGGCUAUUCCAGUCCAACACCGCGCGGACCUUGGCGCUGUCCAUGGCUAGUCCCUUGUCGGACAGCCGGUAGCCCAGGAAAUCCACCUCCGUCACGUCGAACUGGCACUUCUCCAGCUUGGCGUAGAGUCUGUGCUCCCGUAGCCUCUGCAGGACCUCCUUUACGUCUCUUUCGUGAGUCUCCUGCGAUUCCGAGAAGAUCAGAAUAUCGUCGAGAAAGCAUACGCACUUCUUGUAGAGGAGUCCUGCUAGCACGUGGUGCAUGAAUGCUUGAAAACAGUGGGAGCCACCUUGGAGACCAAGCGGCAUAACUCUGUAUUCAUAGGUGCCCAGCGGCGUGAACAUGGCCGUCUUCCACUCGUCACCUUCCCUCAUGCGUAUUAGAUUGUAUGCUCCGCGUAGAUCCAACUUGGUGAAGAUCCUCCCCUUCCUCACCGUCGCGAGCAGGUCGUCAAUCUUGGGCAUGGGGAAAGCCUUGGGUUUUGUCAUCGAGUUUAUGGCCCUAUAGUCCACAAUGAGCCGUUUUUGGGGCGUGUCCUUCUUCUUCACGAAAAACACAGGACUGCCCCCACUGCCUUGGAUUCUCGGAUGAAUCCCGCUUCAAAUUGUGAUCUAUGAACUCCCUGAGCUCCUGCAUCUCAUCUUCAGACAUGGAAUACAGCUUCGCAGUCGGCAGCGUCGCCCCUGGUAAGAGGUCAAUUGCACAGUCGUAGGGCCGGUGGGGUGGUAAUUGGUCAGCUUCCUUCUCGCAGAAGACCUCCAAAAACCCCUUGUACUUGUGGGGCACUGCCUGCACCAUGCCUAGAUGCAGCUGUUGCCCUUCCUCCUGGCCCUCCUCCUCCUGGCCGAUCUGGAUGCAAUGUUGUGCGCAGUAGGACGAGCCAAAAGUGAGCUGCCGCUGGUACCACGCCAAUGAUGGGCUGUGUCUAUCCAGCCAACUCAUGCCUAACACUAUGGGCGUGUCUGACAGUUGGGUGACAUUGAAACUGAUGACCUCGCGAUGAUUCCCAAUUUUCAGCAGCAUGGGUGGCGUCUGUUGUACCACUUGCCCACCCAGCAACUUCCUGCCAUCUACAGUGACCACAUUCAGAGGCAGCGUGGCUGGUAGUAGCGCUAUGCGAUGCUGCUUGACGAACUGCACCCCCACGAAGUCUGCGUUGCUCCCUGAGUCAAUCGUAAUGGGGACUUCCAGGGUGAGUCCAUUAGGCAGCUGGAGAGUAGCAGUGAGCUGCACCACUGGCUUGGGUGGUAAGGGGUCUGUAGGCUGCAAAAGCGCUGGGGACUGCUUCACUGACUUGCCUGGCGGAGCCCCAGCAUCUCUCCCUCCAACCAGGCAUUCUCGUUUCCCUGAAACUGCUCCCCUUGGAGCAGCUUCCCCUGUUACUGUUGCUAAGGCUGCAGUGUGCUUCUGGAGCCUCUGGGGACACUCUUUAGCCAUGUGCCGUGCACUGUCACAGAUGUAACACUUCCUGGUCCCUCUAGGAGGCUUCGCUUUGACUGCUCCUGACGCUGAGGCUCCGGCAGCUGUCUGAGCCUUUGCACCACCCAGUUCCAUUGGUUCUUGCCCCGCUGCCAGCACAGGCGAAAGGUUUGAACGUUCCAGGUCCCUGGAAGGAAAAGGAGGCGCUCUAGCUGGUGGGCGGACGUGACGCCCCUCCUCCCUGUGCCAAGGGCGUUCUUCGUGGCGCACCCCUAUCGUGAGUGCCCUCUGCACGACGUCUGCUAGGGUUUGAGGUCUGUCUCCCUAGCCAGCUCAUCUUUCACUGAGCCAUGAGCCCUUUCCAGAACAAGUCCCUCACUGCCAGGGGUCCUUUUCCCAGCCCAGCACAUUCAGCAAUGCAAAAAAGCGAGAAUGGUACUGACGCACUGUAGCCUUGCCCUGCCGCAAUCCAUGCAUCUCCUGGCGUGCCACAUCAACGUCAACAGUAGAUUGGAAGCAAGCGUCCAUGGCUUUGAGAAAUUCAUCAGAGUCCCUGCGUGCAAGACCAUCUUCGCGCCACAAAUUGCGUAACCAGGUUCUUGCUUCCCCAUGCAGAUGGGACACAAUAAAACCUACUUUUUCCUCCUCAUCUUUGAAGUCUUUUCGAAGCAAAUGCAGCGCGUAUACGACGUCUGCUCUGAAAUUGGGAUAAUGCUUCAGGUUCCCAUCGAAGUGGGCUACUAAAUUGCCCCCCCUCCGUCCGAGUCCGAUUCCCUCUGAUCUGGACCCGGGAACCCCUCUCUGCACGCCCGAUCCCACCUGGCUUGCAGAUCCUGGCAUCGCGCUUCUGCUUCGGCAACCGUCUUCUGAGAGACCACGACGGCAGUGGAGAGCUCGGUGACUGCGUUUUGCAGGGACGCUAUCUGCUCCUCAGUAGUCAUCGCUGCCAAACUUCGUGAGCUUUGCAAAAAAAAUUUUGCGGUUCUUUUGAGAGGGGACUUACUGUCAAAGCUGCCUCAAGUCUCAGCUCACAAAAGACCAACGCCUAUGUCUUCUUAUAUACAAAGGUGUUUAUUGCAGUUCAUUGUUUGCUUGACAUCCUAGGCGCGCAGCCUUACGUCUCUUACGCUUAGACCGCUGAAGUCCCCUCUGAAUCCGUCCCUCCCCUGCACCAAUUUAAGAGGCUUGCGCUGCUCCACCUCUUUCUCUCCUUCCUUUUCCGCAGGGUCCUUCUGCCCGCUGGGGUUUCGCCCCUCCUGGAUUCCUCUGACGCUGAAUCAGACUGCUCUUCCCCCAUCCUGCGGGCUUUGGGACCUGGCCCCUCCUCCGGGCUCCCUGUACUUCCGCGCGCCUCUACAUUUGAACUAGGCGCGCGCGCCAAACCUCUAACUUUCCUUUUGACAGUUACACUACUCCCUUCACUGCUCCCCUCCCCUUCCGGGAGGGCGGCUUGCUCUGACCUCCCUCCUUUCUCUGCUGCCGGAGCUGCUUCCUCUGACACACUGGAAACUCCACCCCCUUCGCUGCACUCUGGUGGGGAGGCUGGUCCUGACGCCCAGCUGCCACUUUGGGAUCCUCCGCUGGCCCCCUGCUCCUGACACGUCCCCCCUGGGGCUCCCCUGGCCUUGACCACCGGCGCCCCCUUCUGGGAAUCCUCUGAUUCGCUGGAAAGACUCAUGGAAUCUCUUGAGUCAUUGUCAUCCUCUUCCUCGCUGGCUUGGAAUUCAUCCCCAUCGCUCUCCAUCUCCUGCCUACCCUGUGCCUCUCUCCCUGAACCCCUGACACUGCCCAUCUGACUGGGUUACUCUAGCCACUCUGGGCGGCUUCCAACAAAUUAAAACACAACAAGACAUCAAAUAUUUAAAACUUCCCUAGGCAGGGCUGCCUUCAGAUGUCUUCAGACGGAAGUAUAAUUAUGUAUGUCUAUGACAUCUGAUAGGAGGGUGUUCCACAGGGUGGGCCCCACCACCGAGAAGGCCCACUGCCUGCUUCCCUAUAACCUCACUUCUUGCAGUGAGGCAGCUGCCACAAGGCCUUCUCAAUAAACAACAACAGCCCCCACUGAAGAUUUGAUUGCUAUGGCAAUGGAGGUUAAAGUACGAUAAAAAGGUAAAGGUAAAGGGACCCCUGACCAUUAGGUCCAGUCGUGGCCGACUCUGGGGUUGCGGUGCUCAUCUCGCUUUAUUGGCCGAGGGAGCCGGCGUACAGCUUCCGGGUCAUGUGGCCAGCAUGACUAAGCCGCUUCUGGCGAACUAGAGCAGCGCACGGAAACACCGUUUACCUUCCCGCCAAAGCGGUACCUAUUUAUCUACUUGCACUUUGAUGUGCUUUCGAACCGCUAGGUUGGCAGGAGCAGGGACCGAGCAACGGGAGCUCACCCCGUCGCGGGGAUUUGAACUGCCAACCUUCUGAUCUGCAAGCCCUAGGCUCUGUGGUUUAACCCACAGCGCCAUCCGCGUCCCUUAAAGUACGAUAGUUAGGGCCAAAUGGUACAUACAUCAAGAAACGUUUGAUAUUUAUGACUCUUUGUGCGCUGUGUUUGAACCCCUGCAUAAGCUUUGUUACGAAUUUGCUGAGCAGCUGGUGGGCAAGGCUGCCCUAUUGCAAUAGCCCUAAUAUACUGGGUCCCUAGCUGGAUCUGCUGAAGCUUGCUGUGAUUCUCUUGAUUCUGCAUGCCAUUUAAAAGGUGUUCCCUCACCUGGGCAAUGGACAGGUAGUAUAGAAAUAAAGUCUUAGGACAACAGCCCCCCCUGUGGCUCUUUCCCUCUUUUCUCAUUCUGGCUAUGGGCUGCAAAAAGAAAUAGAGUUGAAGAAUGUGUGCUUCUCCUGAUUUGCUGCCAUUGGCCCCAGUCAGCAUCACCAAGAGUCAGGAGUGGUUGGAGUCCAAGAACCAGGCAUGGGGAACCCGAGGUGCUCCAGAACCAGAACCAUAGAAUCGUGAUAGCUGGCCAUCCAACCUCUGCUUAAAAACCUCCAAGGAGGGGGCUGUUGAGCUCACGCCUUGCUUGCAGGUUUCCCACUGGGUCACCUGGUUGGCCACUGUGGAAAGGGGAUGCUGGACUAGAAGGCUCCAGAGCAUAUGGGAUUUCCGUGGGGGUCUUCAGCUUCUAACAGCUUUUGCUUCUCUCCUUUCAGGACUAUUAUCAAGAGACCAUCGACACCUGCCUCAACAUGCUCACCAGCUUGCUGUCGGAGGCACCCUCUCUGGAGACGCUGCAGGAGAUAUUAGUGGUAAGGGAGCCCCCAAGAUGUCAGAGCAGGGGGAAGCGGCAGCUCCCAUGCUGGAGGACAGGCCCUCUUGAAAUGAUUGCACGGGGGGCAUCUGUGGCCAACUCACUGGUGGUCAAAUGGGCCUCUGUUCUGCUAGGAAUGCUUGUGCAAGGCACACGUUCAUUUCCUUUCAAAGAUAUGUCCUCUGGCUGAUGGCGUAUGGGGAAGGGCCGUGGCUCGGGGCAGAGCAUUUGUUUUGCAUGCCCAAGGUCCCAGGUUCAGUCCUCAGCAUCUCCAGGUGGGGCUGGGAAAAGGCUCUCUGUCUGAAACCCCAAAGGGCCAACUGCCAAUCCUCAUUACCUGUGGAUCAAUGGCUGGGCUUGGUCUAAGGAUGCUUCCUGCAUUCCAUUGCUAUGGCUGUGGUGAGGUGUAUGUUGUAUUAUUGUAAUUAUCACACACAAACACACACAAAUGACAGAUCACAGGGCGGUUCACAACAUAAAAAUACAAAAUCAGAACACAAAAUGCAUAAUAAAACAAAAACAACCCAAAAGCCAAUUAAUAUCUAAUUCUACUAAUGCUUUUUUUAAAAAAUGGCUUCUUUUUUCUAUGUCUUUAGUUCUUAUUUUGUUUGUAAGCUGCCUCGAGACGCUGUCAGGGGAAAAGGUGGGGUAUUAUUAUUAUUCCCUUUCAUGGAUCAUUGCCUUGCUGUGGCGAAGGGGCUUGAAUAACUCAGUGAAGCUAUGAACUAUGCUGAGCAGGGCACCCAAGAUAGACAGGUCAUAGUGGAGAGUUUUGUCCAAACGUGAUCCACCUGGAAGAGGAAUGUCAGGGAACUGACAUCAGAGCGAGAGGCGAAGGGGAGGCUCCUGGAUGAUGCUGGAGAAGGACCCAGCAGCAGGGGGAGAGGCGACUCAGUGGAGGGGGAAGCAUUUAAGCGCAACACCAGGAACAAAAGUGAGCAGAUGGGAAAAUCGGAGAGAGGGCUCACGGACUCUUCACUGGAACUCAGUGAGGAGGGGACAGGUCCCCCGCUACCCACGCCCACCCUGCGCAGAAGGCUCCCGCGCAGUGAGAGGCGGAGGCGAUUGGGUGUCAAACAGCUCUUAUGUUGGAAGAGAUUCAAGAAACGCCCACUGACGGAUUCUGCUAGUGACUGAGACAGUCCUGAUCAGAAGGGGCUGUGCAGUCAGAAAGGUUUAACAAGGCAAAUCAGCCUAGAGAGGCACCAGUUUACGCACGAGUAACUCAUACUCAUUACAGCAAUCCGUCAGUCCCUGAAAGUUGCUCGUGCGCAGCAGCAGGCAGGCAGCAUCAUGAGCAAGCCCGGAGAAGCAGGCACCCAAGGGGAGCAGCUGGAGGGCAAACGCUGGAGGAGAGGAACCGAGAUUUGGAGCAGCAUGUGGCCAUUCUGACGGCACGGCUGGACGAAAGGCGGUCUCAAGAUGCACAGGUCAGACCCACCCCCAUAGCAAGGAAGGUACCGGGACUGGUGCUCGAGUGUGGGGAAGCCGCAAGAAUACAGUGCGUUUAGAACGGAAAUAGAGUACGCAUUGGACUUGCAGCAUAACGAUUUUGAAGACGACGCGGCGCGGGUGGCAUAUGUUGUGGGUCACCUGCAGGACGGGGCCAGAGAAUGGGUCAGACCCCUUAUGGCGACGCAGAAUUCCGCCAUGCAGGACCUGAGGAAAUUCUUCCAAGCGAUGGACGCGAUGUUUUCCACUGAUGUUCAAAAAGUGUGACUAAGCGGGAAUUGAUGAACUGUAAACAGGGAGCCAGUCAGUCAGGGACUACUGGUCGCGCUUUGCCAUGAUAGUUCAUCGCCUCGGGUGGGAACUGGGCUCCGAACCCAUACAGAUGUUAUUCGAGGAGGGGUUGUCCCCAACGGUUAAGGAUGAACUUUCCCGCGCACCCCGCCCACAGGGGAUGGAUCAGCUGACCAAGGCUGUGCUUGCGAUUGGCGCGCGCCAGGAAGCGCGGGCCCAGGAGAGGCGGGAAGGGAGAGAGCAACGUUGCCAUGACUACCGCAUUCCUGAAAUACCAAGGCAGCCCUCCCCGCCAGCAGAGCCAAUGGAAAUAGAUGGGCGCGCGCGCAGGAAGUUUCAAGCACCAGCGAAGGGCGCACGGAGGAGGGAAAGGAUUGGACAACCUCCACGAAGUGUUACCUUUGCCAGCGGCCAGGCCAUUGCCAGAGCCUGCCCUCAAAGAAAGGCUUGGCAAGGAAUGGUGGGAACCGCAGGGGGUGAGGAGGAGAUGGUAAAGGAACAGGAACAGGGAACGAGAACGCUUGGCUGCCAAUCAAGGGGCACAACAGCCAAGCCAGCCACCAGUAAAGUGCCCCAACCAGACCCCCCCAAGGCGGCAAUAGCCAUCGAAGUGGUGCUAGAACUCCCAAACGGGCACCCAGUCAAGGUGAAAGGCAUGCUGGAUUCAGGCAGCUCAUGUAAUUUCUUCAGCAAGGACUUUGCAUUAGAGCACCAGCUCCACUUACUGCCUUUGGAUUUUCCCUUGCAAGUGACCACCAUUGAUGGCAGGGAGCUUCUAGGAGUGGAAGUGACACACCACACCCCGCCACUGAGAAUGAGGGUGUCCAGGCACUCGGAAACCAUCGCCUUUCACGUCGCCUCGCUAGCAGGACCCCCAAUAAUAUUAGGGAUGAGCUGGCUAGCACACCAUGAUCCAGUGGUGGCGUGGCAUCAGAGGACAGUCACCUUUGGAUCAGCUUACUGCCUGGAACACUGUCUAGGAGGGGAAGCCCCAAGAAUGACCGUGGCCAGGGUGGCUGGGAUGGCGGUGGAGCGGAAAGGGGAGGUGCCGCCACAAUACGCAGAUCUGCGGGAGGUCUUCAGCGAAAAGGAGGCAGAUAGACUGCCACCCCAUAGGCCCUUUGACUGCCAGAUCAACUUGCUUCCGGGGGCUCAGCUGCCAGUGGGUAAGCUGUACGCCAUGUCAGACAGGGAGAUGAAGGAGUUGCGAGAAUUUAUCGACAAGAACCUGAAAAGAGGCUUCAUAAGAGAAUCAAAGGCAGUAGGGGGCAGUCCGGUGUUCUUUGUGGACAAAAGGACACAAAUAAACCCAGGCUCGUAGUGGACUAUAGAGCUGUCAAUUUGGUGUCAGAACCCGUGACCUUCCCAAUGCCCAGGAUUGACGACAUUUUAACGCGAGUGAGGAAAGGCAAAAUUUUUACCAAGCUGGACCUCGGGGCGCAUACAAUUUGAUCAGGAUGAGGGAGGGGGACGAAUGGAAGACCACAAUGUUCACACCCCUAGGUGCCUUUGAGUACUUAGUUAUGCCUUUUGGAUUACAGUCAGGCUCCGCCUGCUUUCAAGCUUUCAUGCACCACGUGUUGGGGUCUCUGCUGUACAAGAACUGCGUAGCCUUCUUGGACGACGUCUUAAUUUAUUCGGACAAUGAGGAACAACAUGUUAGAGACGUCAGGGAAGUGUUACAACGACUGCAGAAGCACCAGUUGUGGGUCAAGCUGGAAAAAUGUCAGUUUCACGCCAGAGAAGUCGAGUUUCUGGGGUACAAGUUGUCUGACAAAGGCUUAGCGAUGGACCCAAGCAAGGUGCAGGCAGUGCUGGAGUGGAAGGCUCCCAAGACACGGAAGGACGUACAGAGGUUCCUAGGGUUCAGCAACUUCUACAGGAAGUUCAUCAAGAACUUCGCCCACUUGACAGCGCCAAUCACGGAUUGUCUCAGUAGCAAAAGAAGUUUGUGUGGACAGAAGAGGCCCAGCAAUCCUUCGAAAAACUGAAGAAGGCGUUCGCAUCGGAAGAGCAACUCCUGCACGUAGAUCUGGAGAAACCCCUGAGGCUAGAGACCGACGCGUCCGACAGAGCCGGGGGGGGGGCCCUGUUGCAGCCAGGGAAGGGAAAGCAGGAAUGGAAACCGUGUGCCUUUUUCUCCAGAAAACUGAGCAAGUCGGAGCAAAACUAUACAGUGUAUGACCGCGAACUGCUGGCAAUCUACGCGGCCUUUCGUCGUUGGCGUCAUCUACUGAUAGGGCGCAACAACAGAUCCAGGUUUGCACAGAUCACAAGAACUUGGAGUACUGGAGAACCGCACGAGUACUCAACCAGAGACAGAUUCGAUGGGCACAGGAGUUCUCCAAGUUUUUCUUUGAAAUCCGCUACGUGCCCGGAGAAGAAACGUAGAGCAGACGCUCUCUCGCGUAAACCGGAGUACCUGGAAGGAGAGGGGCCGCCGGAGAAACGACACGUGAUCCCCGAGGACCGAUGGGUGUGUGGGGAACUUUGGUGGGGAAACGAGAACUAGCCGGGCUGACCAGAAGCGACGUGUUCGCGCAAACUAAAAUCCGGGAACUACGAGACGGAAGAGGGACCCAAGAAGGGUUUGAGGAGAAGGAAGGGGUACUGUACUAUAGGGGAGCGCUGUACGUACCGGGGGAGACCCUGAGGGAAAAGGUACUCAAACAACUCCACGACAACCCCACAGCAGGGCACUUUGGACAGCACAAAACCAUGAUGCUUGUGACCAGGCAGUUCUGGUGGCCCAGGGUGAGGGAGGAUGUACGGGAAUAUGUACGGGGGUGCGACCGCUGCCAAAGGGCAAAGGGGAGCGGGCUGCCCCACAGGAUUGCUGGAACCCUUACCCACGCCGGGAAACCCUGGGAGGUGGUAUCCAUUGAUUUUAUGACAGAUUUGCCCAAGUCCCGGGGAAAGACAGCAGUCAUGGUAGUGGUCGACCUACUGACAAAAAUGUGCCACUUUAUAGCUUGCUCACAUGCUGUAACGGCAGAGGAAACAGCCCGGUUGUUUGUGGAGCACAUAUUCCGGCUGCAUGGCGCCCCCUUGAGGGUUAUCUCCGACCGCGGAAAACAAUUUACUUCCCGGUUCUGGAGGAAACUCAUGAGCUUACUGCAGGUGGAGGUGGGUUUCUCGACGGCGAGACACCCAGAGACCAACGGGCAAGCAGAAAGAGCGAACAGUAUACUCCAGCAAUACCUACGCUGCUAUGUCAGCGAGAGGCAGAAAGAUUGGGUAGAAAAACUAGCGCUGGCUGAAUUCGCGUACAACAACGCGGAACACGUGUCCACGGGAAUGAGCCCAUUCAUGGCCAACCAUGGGUGUCAUCCCAGGGCCUCCCGGGGAGUGGGGAGGAAAGCUGGAGCGUACCCGCCGCAGAGCAGUUUGUGGAAGAAAUGGAGGCCCUACACCAGCAACUUAAGAUGAACUUGGAGCGGGCCAAGGAAACUUACAAGAGGCAGGCAGACAAGCACCGCAGGAAGGGAGACCAUCCGGGUGGGGGACCGGGUGUGGUUGUCCACCCAAGGGCUACCUUUCAACGGGGGGUGCAAGAAGUUGCAGCCCAGACGGCUGGGACCUUUUGAGGUAACACAGCAAGUUAAUCCCGUGGCAUUUAAGCUCAGGUUGCCUGAUAGCAUGAAAAUACACCCGGUUUUCCAUAGGUCCCUGCUUUCACCGCAUAGGGAAGGGCGGGAAUUCCAGGGGCAAGAGGGAGAAGUCACCACACACCCGCAGGUAGAAGAAAGGGAACACCACCACAGGGCCACGGAAAUACUGGACUCAAGGUGGCAAGGGCGCCGGGUGGAGUAUUUGGUAGCGUGGGAAGGGAACCCAGGUCCGAAAGCACGUGGGUCCCCACGGAAGCCGUCGAGGACAGGUAUCUGGUGGAGGUAUUCCACCACCGGUUCCCGGACAAACCCAAACCCCUGGAGAGAUUCUGGGAGGAGCAAUUUGGAACCACAGAUGAGGAAGAGGUUUUUGAGGGAUUUUCUGACUCCGAGGAGGGAGGAGAGGUUUCGGAGGAAGAAGCAUCAGACGGGGAAGACCACCCCGUUGGUAGGUGGAAGAGCGAUUGGGAAGCGGGUUUCGAACCCACGGAAGAUGGUGACAGUUCCUUCCGGGGUUUCCCCGCCUCCUCGGCCGACGAAGGGGACGAAGUUGGUCCCACAGGUCGGCCCAGGGGUGGGGGGAUUCUGGGGGAGGUGGAUGUCAGGGAACUGACAUCAGAGCGAGAGGCGAAGGGGAGGCUCCUGGAUGAUGCUGGAGAAGGACCCAGCAGCAGGGGAGAGGCGACUCAGUGGAGGGAAGCAUUUAAGCGCAACACCAGGAACAAAAGUGAGCAGAUGGGAAAAUCGGAGAGAGGGCUCACGGACUCUUCACUGGAACUCAGUGAGGAGGGGACAGGUCCCCCGCUACCCACGCCCACCCUGCGCAGAAGGCUCCCGCGCAGUGAGAGGCGGAGGCGAUUGGGUGUCAAACAACUCUUAUGUUGGAAGAGAUUCAAGAAACGCCCACUGACGGAUUCUGCUAGUGACUGAGACAGUCAUGAUCAGAAGGGGCUGUGCAGUCAGAAAGGUUUAACAAGGCAAAUCAGCCUAGAGAGGCACCAGUUUACGCACGAGUAACUCAUACUCAUUACAAGGAACCAGCAAGCCACUCCAGUAUCCCUGCCAAGAAAACUCCAUGUACAAAGACAACAGGCAUAUAAAAGUUAUGACGCUGGAAGAUGAGCCCCUCAGGUCGGAAGGCGUCCAACAUGCUACUGAGGAAGCGCGGAGGACAAGUACAAGUAGAUUCAGAGCUGAUGAAGUGGCUGGGCCAAAGCUGAAAGGACGCUCAGUUGCGGAUAUGCCUGGAAGCGAAAGGAAAGUCCAGUGCUGUAAAGAAAAAUAUUGCAUAGGAACCUGGAAUGUAAGAACCAUGAACCUGGGUAAGUUAGAUGUGGUCAAAAAUGAGAUGGCAAGAAUAAAUAUUGACAUCCUGGGCAUCAGUGAACUAAAAUGGAUGGGAAUGGGCGAAUUCAGUUCGGAUGACCAUCGUAUACGGUAUACAGUGGUGCCCCGCAAGACGAAUGCCUCGCAAGACGGAAAACUCGCUAGACGAAAGGGUUUUCCGUUUUUUGAGCUGCUUCGCAAGACGAAUUUCCCUAUGGGCUUGCUUCGCAAGACAAAAACGUCUUGCAAGUUUGUUUCCUUUUUCUUAACACUGUUAAUACAGUUGCGACUUGACUUCGAGGAGCAACUCAUAGAACGCAGUGUACAUAGUAGCCUGUUUUGAGGUUUUUAAAGACUUUGGUGAUUUUUGAAGCUUUUCCAAAACUUCUUUUGCAGCCAUUUGGUAAGUUAAGCUUUUAAAACUUUUUUGGGGGGGGUUGGAUUUUGGGUUGGGGUGUUUGGAAUUCAAGGACUUGGUGUUGGGGAGGGGUUUGCAAGAAUCUGGAAGCUUGUGUGUCAGGGGUUCAGGGAGAGAGGGACAGGGUAGGCAGGAGAUGGAGAGCGAUGGGGAGGAAUUCCAAGCCAGCGAGGAAGAGGAUGACAAUGACUCAAGAGAUUCCAUGAGUCUUUCCAGCGAAUCAGAGGAUUCCCAGAAGGGCGCCGGUGGUUAAGGCCAGGGAGCCCCAGGAGGGACGUGUCAGGAGCAGGGGGCCAGCGGAGGAUCCCAAAGUGGCAGCUGGGCGUCAGGACCAGCCUCCCCACCAGAGUGCAGCGAAGGGGGUGGAGUUUCCAGUGUGUCAGAGGAAGCAGCUCCGGGAGCAGAGAAAGGAGGGAGGUCAGAGCAAGCCGCCCUUCCGGAAGGGGAGGGAGCAGUGAAGGGAGUAGUGUAACUGUCAAAAGGAAAGUUAGAGGUUUGGCGCGCGCGCCUGUUUCAAAUGUAGAGGCGCGCGGACGGACAGGGAGCCCGGAGGAGGGGCCAGGUCCCAAAGCCCGCAGGAGGGGGGACGCGCCGCCUGGGGAGUCAGCGUCCGAGGACUCCAGACGGGGCGCACCCCCAGGGGGCAGAAGGACCCUGCGGAAAAGGAAGGAGAGAAAGAGGUGGAGCAGCGCAAGUCUCUUAAAUUGGUGCAGGGGAGGGACUGACUCAGAGGGGACUUCAGCGGUCUAGCGUAAGAGACGUGAGGCUGCGCGCCUAGGAUGUCAAGCAAACCAUGAACUGCAAUAAACACCUUUGUAUAUAAGAAGACAUAGGCGUUGGUCUUUUGUGAGCUGAGACUUGAGGCAGCCUUGACAUUGUGUGUUUUUUUUCUGCAUUUUUAUGAUUUUCUGUGACCAUUGGGCCACUCUGCUGUUUUUUAAAAAAAGUUUCUGGAUUUGAAUUUCUGUGUGCUGGGUGGCUGGGGGAACAGUUGGGGAGGGGUUUGCAAGAAUCUGGAAGCUUGUGUUUUUUCCCCUGCAUUUUUAUGAUUUUCUGUGACCAUUGGGCAACUGCUGUUUUUAAAAAAAUUCUGGGUUUGAAUUUUGAAAUGCUCUUUACAGUAUGUGUGACUUUAAAGAGCACUUAAUAAACUCUUGUUGUCCCAAAUUUGGCUUUGGUUGCACUUUUUUGGACCAUCGGAACGCAUUAAUUGAUUUUCAAUGCAUUCCUAUGGGAUUUCGUGCUUCGCAAGACAGAAAAAUUCGCUAGACAGAAAAAUUCAGCGGAACAAUUAAUUUCGUCUUGCGAGGCACCACUGUACUACUGUGGGCAAGAAACCCGUAAAAGAAAUGGAGUGGCCCUCAUAGUCAACAAAAGAGUGGCGAAAGCUGUACUGGGAUGCAGUCUCAAAAAUGAUAGAAUGAUCUCAAUACGAAUCCAAGGCAGACCUUUUAACAUCACAGUAAUCCAAGUUUAGGGACGAGGGUGGCGCUGUGGGUUAAACCACAGAUCCUAGACUUGCUGAUCAGAAGGUCAGCGGUUUGAAUCCCCGCAACGGGGUGAGCUCCCGUUGCUCGGUCCCAGCUCCUGCCCAUCUAGCAGUUUGAAAGCACGCCAAAGUGCAAGUAAAUAAAUAGGUACCGCUCCAGCGGGAAGGUAAAUGGCGUUUCCAUGCGCUGCUCUGGUUCACCAGAAAUGGCUUAGUCAUGCUGGCCACAUGACCCGGAAGCUGUAUACCGGCUCCCUCGGCCAGUAAAGUGAGAAGAGCACCGCAACCCCAGAGUCGGUCACGACUGGACCUAAUGGUCAGGGUCCCUUUACCUUUAAUCCAAGUUUAUGCACCAACUACUGGCGCUGAAGAAACUGAAAUUGACUAAUUCUAUGAAGACUUACAACACAUUCUAGAAAUGACACCAAAGAAGGAUGUUCUUCUCAUUAUAGGGGAUUGGAAUGCUAAAGUAGGGAAUCAAGAGAUAAAAGGAACAACUGGCAAGUUUGGCCUUGGAGUUCAAAACGAAGCAGGGCAAAGGUUAAUAGAAUUCCGUCAAGAGAACAAGCUGGUUAUCACAAACACUCUUUUCCAACAACACAAAAGACGACUCUACACAUGGACAUCACCAGAUGGGCAGCAUCAAAAUUAGAUUGAUUAUAUUCUCUGCAGCCAAAGAUGGAGAAGCUCUAUACAGUCAGCAAAAACAAGACCUGGAGCUGACUGUGGCUCAGAUUAUCAGCUUCUUAUAGCAAAAUUCUAGCUUAAACUGAAGAAAGUAGGAAAAACCACUGGGCCGGUAAGAUACAAUCUAAAUCAAAUCCCUUAUGAAUACACAGUGGAAGUGAGGAACAGGUUUAAAUUCAAAUUACUUUCUGUAAAAGGGAAUGCAAUGAGAAUUACCCCUUCUCCUUAUGGUGCCCAAAAUCUUUGCUCUAGUACGGAACCAUUGAGAACCAUUGACAACCAUCAACUAUUAAGAGUCUACCAAGUUCCAAUCUAACAUGCAAAAUUCUUUUCACAGUUUUCCCACUGAGUUUGUCUUUUAUCUGGUUGCAUUAUAGGAACAGCAUUCCUGACAGAGUUUUUCACAGGAAAUAAAAAUUUCGCUUUCAAACAGGAUACAUGAACCUCUAAGAGAAUUCGGACCCACAUAAGCAAAAUGUUUAAUAACUUGCCAAUUGUGUUCAAAUUAACAAAGGUUUUGUCCCUUCGUUUCUUCCACAGCCAAACUAAGUGAAGGAAAUUAAAUGUAAAUGAUUAUAAUAUUUAAAUGGAUAUUAUUUACAGCUUCCCAAGAAGAAAAUUUUAGAAUAUUAUCUCCUUUCUUAACUAUUAUCUUCCUCCUUUAAAAAAACCCAAAAACUAAUUAUGUCUUCAGAUCCCAACCCCCCCCCCCCGCAGGCCUAUUUUCAAAGGAUGCUUUGCGGGAGACCAAAUAUUAAGACGAUCUCCUCACCAGCUAAGCAGCCUGCCAAUGCAUUACAUUGGCCACAACAAUUUCUUCCCAUAAAAAGACUUGAGACCAGGCAGACAGAUGAAAGACAAUAUAAGGAAUAUAAUUUAAUAUUUUGGAAUAUCUGACUGCCAGGAAUGAGAAACAAGCGAUACUAAUGUUUGUGGAUGCAGAAAAGGCCUUUGAUAAUAUAGCAUGGGAUUUUAUGUUGAAAAACUUGGAGUAUAUGGAGGUGGGAAAAGAGUUCUUUAAUGGAAUUAAGGCAAUAUCUACAGAGCAGAGAGCCAAAUUGAUAGUCAAUAAUGUAAUUAUUGAUUAAUGUAAUGUAAUUACGGAAGAUAUAAAAAUAUCUAAAGGAACAAGACAGGGUUGUCCACUCUCGCCAUUGUUAUUUAUAACGGUUCUGGAGGUCUUUUUAAGUGCGAUUAGACAAAAUAGAUUAAUAAAAGGGGUGACAGUAGGUCAGAAUGAAUAUAAAGUUAAAGCCUUUGCUGAUGAUCUGGUAAUAACGAUGGAAGAACCAAUGGAGAGUGUAAAAGAAGUAAUGGAGGAGAUUGAAAAAUUUGGAAAUAUGGCCGGGUUUAGAUUGAAUAAGAAAAAAACUAAAAUAAUUGCUAAAAAUAUGGAUCAAAGUAUGAUAGAAAUAAUGCAACAACAAACAGAGAUGGAGGUGGUGAAAAAGGUAAAAUAUCUAGGAAUUUGGUUAACACCUAAAAAUAUUGACCUGUUCCAGAAUAACUAUAUACCAGUUUGGAAGGAAAUAAGGAAUGAUCUGGAGGUGUGGGGUAGAAUGAAACUGUCCUUUUGGGGUAGAAUUUCCACGAUAAAGAUGAGCGUGCUUCCAAAGAUGUUAUUUUUAUUUCAGACUAUCCCCAUUAUAAAGGGGGUAGGGAUUUUUAAAGAGUGGCAGAGAGUGAUCUCAAGGUAUAUCUGGCAGGGUAAGAAGCCAAGAAUAAAAUAUAAGUUACUAACAGAUGUGAAAAAAACAGGAGGCUUCGCCCUACCAGAUUUGAAAUUAUAUUAUGAAGCAGCAUGCCUAUGUUGGUUAAAGGAUUGGAUAAAAUUAGAAAAUAAGGAGUUAUUAGAUUUGGAAGGUUUUGAUAACAGAUUUGGAUGGCACGCGUAUUUAUGGUGUGAGAAGAAGAAAAUUCUAGAAGUCCUUUCUAGGUGCUCACAGACUGUUUGCUUAAUGAUCUGCUCCAGAAUCUUCCCUGGUAUUGAUGUCAGACUGACUGGGCGAUAAUUAUUUGGGUCCUCUCUUUUCCCUUUUUGAAAAUAGGGACAACAUUUGCCCUCCUCCAGUCUGCCGGGACUUCGCCUGUUCUCCAGGAAUUCUCAAAGAUGA